CGGGUUGAAAUGGUCAAAAUAUGCGCUAUCGAUAGACCUCGACUAGGCGUUGGGCUGAGUCAGUGCAGAGUGAGCAAAGGAGGUUGGCUGUCUGUACAACACAUAUUCGGAAGAGUGUUCGUCUACAACGUUUCACAUUUGGCCAGUCCAUUUGCUCAGUUUAUUGACAAUCUAAAUCCACACAGUCGGCCACCAAACCAAGCACAAUGUGAGCAGGUGAAAUCGGACUAUUCCUCAUUCCGAUCGAUUGACCUCUACUGCAUGAGCAAUGUCCCAAAUCGGGGCCAUCUGGCAGGCCAAGCCACUUCGUCUGGACUUGAAGUUGUGGCUCUACAAAGCCCAUGGCGUUUGGACUUGGGCGCGGUCCACAAGUCCGGCGAAGGGAGUGGGGACAAUCGUAAGGCAGACUUCUACUUACAUGAACCUUCAGACGUUGCUAUACGGACCUCUUCGGCUUCGUCGACUUCUUCUUCUUCUGCGUCUUCGUCUUCAGAGGAGGCAACAUUUGAGAGCUGUCCAACAAUUCAGACUGAAGCACUAGUACACGGGACAACAACCGCAUUUCCAUUUUCCUUUGAGCACAAGCAAUUCGGCAACAGCCUCCGUUUCGGCCUGGACAUUGAAAUGCCUAUCCAGAAUUGUUUUGAGAAGGUGCAAAGUCCACCUGAUAAGGAACCUAGUGACAAGGCCAGUAUGGAGCCGAGGCUGGACAACACAUUUGCUGCCGCAAUGGCAGUUGCCGCAGCCGCCGUGGCUGUUGCGUCGACAAAUGUUAAUAGGGCGAAAACAUCUGUUGCUACUUUAAGUAGGCAGUAUUCUUUGAUUGAAAAUCCUUAUCCUGCUGAGCAAAAUUUUUCGUGCGACAAUUUCAUGCCUCAUAACGAUAACGUUGAAUCAGUCAGUCCCUUUAAGGAUGAAUUCAACAUUGAGGGCCAGGCGUAUAAUUCCAUCAGAAUACCAUCCAUCGAGGGCUACGCCGAAGGAGAGGAAAUUUGCUACCAAAGUUGCCCUCCCUUUAUUCCACAUAAUAGCCAAGCUGGCUGGCACCGUUACACAAUGAACACUUUACCGAAUCUGUCAAACACCAUGGCCCAAGAUAUUGGCGUUUCUGACAAUAGAACAAUUUAUACCUCUUACAUCAGCUGCUCGAAUGGAGAAGUUUGUAACUGCGGCGAGUACAGCCCCCAAAUCUCCUGUUCACUACCUAAGCAUUAG